GUUUGUAUAGAUACGGCUCUGUAAUUCUUAUCGAUUACUUUGUACACUCUAUAUAUAUUGGAGAAAUGCCAAAGGCAUAUUCACGGUGAAUUUCUCAAUUCUAACUUGGUAUCAGGCCUCUUCUUCUACAAUCGGUCUCCAUGACUACACCCACCAAACCCUCUUUUCACCCGGCUCUCGCCGUGACAUCACUUUAGACACCGAGAAAGCCCAAUACGCCUCCUGGGCGGAACUUUUCAAGCUCACAGCUCGCGCCUAUGACGUCUUAGAUCACAUUCUUAAGCCCACCACUCCCUCCGGCGACACUUCCUCAACCACGUCUGACUCUGAAUCCGAGGCUGACCGCCUCCGUCGGGCUGCCGCAGAAGCUGCCCUUUGGUCCCGUAUUGAUGCCAUUGUUCUUCAGUGGAUCUACGGAACGAUCUCGCACGACUUGCUGCACACCAUUUUGGAACCCGGCUCCACGGCUAUGGCCGCUUGGAAUCGUCUUGAAAACAUAUUUCAUGACAACAAAAACUCCCGAGCCGUGUACCUUGAGGACCAAUUCUCUCACACACGGUUGGAGAAUUUCCCCUCCGUUUUUGCCUAUUGUCAAGAAUUGCGCACCAUUGCCACUCAGCUUGCCAAUGUUGAUGCGGAAGUCACUGACAAAAGGCUGGUGUUACGCAUGAUUCAUGGUCUCACUGAACCAUAUGCCACCGUAGCAUCCUUUAUUCAGCAAAUCGACCCCCUACCCCCUUUUGAAAAAGCUCGAUCGAUGCUUAUCUUGGAGGAAACACGUCAAUCUCACCAUGCAUCCUCCACGUCAUCCUCUCCCUCGGCUUCUGCUCUUGCUGCCACGUCCUCCUCGCGUCCAGUCUCACAUCCCCAGGCGUCGUCUAUCUCUCGGGGUCGAGGAGGUGGACGUCACAGUUCCAACAGGGGCAAAGGGCGUGGACGAAAUUCUGGAGGCCGGACUAGUGACGCUACAGUUGCUCCUUCUCAGUGGCCUUUUCCCCCUUGGGCCCCUUGGAUGCAACCCUACUGGUCAAUGCCGCCGUGUCCAUAUUUCUAUCAUGUAUUACUACUCCAGCCCAUAUUGGGUGUCCACUUUUAAUUUGAUAUGAUUAUUAAUAAAACAGUUAAAAGUAAAAGUUGUGGUUGAGAUUUGAAUAAAAUAAAGUAAAAU